CUUGUAAAGGCCUAAAACAGAGGCUAGACAAAAUUAAAGAAUAAAACAAGGAUUUAUUAAAAGGCCUCAAUGAAUCCACCUUGGGCAGCACAAGAGCCCAGCCAGGGCUCCACCCAAAUGAAGGAUUUUGUGUGUCUCAAUGACUAAUCCCCUGACAGGCUUCCUCUUCCUUUGCUCAGUUUUUCCCAAGCCAAAAAAAGAUAUUUUUUAAAAUAAUGGGUUUAUUUGUAUCUCUGAAGGGCGGAGGUGGGGGUUGAGACACUUGGAGGUUUUAUUUCAUGCCUCAGGCGUGUUCUGCAGUUUAAAGCUGUGAUUUGGGAUUCCUGGGGUCUGCUGUGAGGGACUGGCAGCACUUUGGGAGGAGAGGGGGUUUCCAAUCAUUGGGGUUUCCUGCUUGAGGGAACACUCAGGAUGAAGGAUUGGUUGGGACCUAAAACAGUCCAGAACAGAGAUCAAAUUGUGGUGGUUUUGCUAAAUUCCAGCUGAGCUCCUUUCACUGAGGCCACUGCUUUUGCUGGCAGGUUGGAGCUGACUCCUGCUGAUCCCUCCUGUGGAAGGGCUGAUCAAAGGCCAGCAGCAGCAGCAGAUGAGCCUGUAGAGCUGGAAGCAGAGCUGCAGGAAGGCACAGAGCCAUGGCAGAGAGCUGCCCUCCCUCCCCUGGGCUCCACCAGGGCCUCAGGCAGGAUCCAGCCCCCAGGGCCAAGCGGCUCUCGGAUUCCACGGUGCAGGUGCAGGCCCUGCAGUCAGCCAAGAAAGCCUGCGUGCUGAGCCGCGACUGCAGCACCCCAAACCCUGCAGGGAGCGCUCUGCUCCCUUCCCCAGGCUCUGGCUGCUCCCUGUUCCUGGAUGAGAGCGGGCAGGACGAGCUCGGGGCCGCUUUUGCCGUGGCCAAGUACGAUGAUGUGGCCAUUUCCCUGGACAUCAGCAGGUGCUUCGACGACAGCGAGCUGGAUGAUUCCCUGCUGGAGCUGUCAGGCAGUGAGAAAGGCAAUUCUCCCUUUGAUUACACCGAGGAGGAGAUCCAGGAAAUCUUGGCUGAUGAUUCCAUGGAGGCUGAGCAGCAGCAGAACCUCCCUGGUGAGAGCCACGUGAGCCAAAGUGAGAGCGGGAAGAGCGACCAGGGGAUGUCACUCAGUGAGGCCACCCAGGAGCCUCAGGAGCAUCCCUCAGGCAGCUCUGGGUGUGAUCCUGGAGUUUUGAGUGGCUCUGCUGCUCUGGAUGGGGCUCAGAGGCUGCAGCAGGAGCUGGACCUUGACCUGCAGGAGCUGCUGAGCCUGAGCCCCUUUGCUGCUGCCUGUGCUGAGGAGGCUCUGGAGGAAAACAACCUGGAAAGAGAAACUUUGGAUGCCAUGAUAGAUGAUUGCUUGGGAUAUUCCACAGCUGCUGGGAGCUGCAUUGCUGAGAAAUCCUCAGAAAGGGCGAUGCCUAAAAGCCAGGAAAGCCUGGGGAAAUCCCUGCCCUCAUCCAGCCCUCCCUGUGGCCAGGGCACAGGGGAUCAGAGUCCAGCAUCUGGACUUCCACCCAAAAAAGAACUUCCCAAAGCAACACUGAGCUGUUUGUCAAGGAAAUCGGGCUCUCCAGAGGAUGCUGAAGGGGAAUCCAGAGGAGCUGAGCAGCCACCAGGCAGCACUAAAUUAAGGGACACAGCUGUAGGCCAGAGUGGGCAGGAAGAGCCACCCAGUGGCAAGAAAAGUGGCAAAGUAAUUCCUGUCCCACAGGAGGAGGAGGAAGAAAGGCCAAAACAACGGAGCUGCAUUUCAGAAGCACAGCCUGAGCAAAGGAGACGUUUCUCUCCAGGCUGUGCCAAUCCAAGUGAGGAAAAGUGUGGCUAUUACCUCAGGUAACCCCCAGGUGGGAGGGGAUGAGGCUGCUGGGGAGGGAAAAUUCAGCUCCUGGCUGGACUUGAAUUCUUUAUUUGGAGUGUGUUUGUUUUCAGAGGGGAAUAAAAAAUGUCUGUGAUAAUUUGUGCACUGCCAUGCACAAAAUUCCUGCACAGGAAUCAACCUGGCUCCAGGCCUGGCUCUGAGGAGUUUUACAGAUAGCUGGGAAAUGUUGUGAAAGGGUUUGAUGUGGAAAAUCAGGAAAUCAGGAAAAUACCAAAGCAGGUUUGUAUUCCUUGGGAAAAGCAGAGCUGAGCUCUUGUUCUGUUGGGGAUUAAUUUGGGUUUGUCAGUUCACAACUAUCCCAGAAUCAACAUUGGAAACACCUCCAGAACUUGGAGUUCCC